CAGCAGCAACAACAACACCAGCAGCAGCAGCAGCAGCAGCAGUGGCAGCGUCCGGUGCAGCAGCAGCAGCAGCAGCCGGCGGCUGCGCAGCAGUGGGGUGUCCAGCGCCACCCGGGACCGCCGCGGCCGCCGCACGGAUGGUCGCCGGUGAACGGGGCGGCGCCCCGGUCCGGCCAGCCGCCGGCGCCGGCGGUCGGGCCGUUCGCGCGGCCCGUCCAGCCCAGUCGUCCAGCGCCGCGGCCGCUGCCCACUCCCUGGGGUCCGCAGAACGGUCCGCUGACCUCCCAGUCGGGCCCGGCCGGCGGCAAACGGCCGCCGGACCCGUCCCUCGACCGGCCGAGCAAGGCAGCGCGGCGCGACUCGUCCGAGGGCCGGCCGCGCCACCGGCAGCCCUCGGAGGACCUGGCCGAGGCCAGCAGCCUGGAGGAGCUGCUGCGGAACGGCCUGAACGGCGGCACGGCCGGCCACUCGCCGCAGGACCUGGCGCUGCUCUUCCCAAACAUGAAGGCGGCCACGUCGCCCGAGAAACACGUGCAGCCGCUGCCGCCGCCGGCGCCGGCAGCGCGCUCCCCCGCCUGCGCCGGAGAGCUGGAUAUCUACAACAGCGUGACCAGCUUCAUCAACGAGUCGGUGGCGGCGCCGGUAGACUCUCUGGGGCAGGUGCGGCCACCGUCAACAGCGCGGCCGGACGUACAGGGGCAGGCGCGGCCGGACGUACGGGGGCAGGCGCGGCCGGACGUACAGGGGCAGGCGCGACCGCCAGACGGACUGGGACAAGCCCGACCGCCGACGGCGCCGGACGCAAUGGGACAGGUGCGGCCAGCUCCGGCAGCACCAGUAAACGCAAUGGGGCAGGCGCGGCCAGCUCCGGCAGCGCCAGUAAACGCAAUGGGGCAGGCGCGGCCGCCGGCUGACCCGCUGGGCCAAUCCCGGCCUCCGGCGGACCCUCUGGGCCAAUCCCGGCCGCCGGCGGACCCUCUGGGCCAGGCCCGGCCGCCCGAGCCGCGGAAGGUAGCGCGCCGUCCGUCCACGGGCUCGGUGUCGCCGCGCGGUGGCCGGACGCCGCCGUCGCUGCACGUGGCCGGCGCGCCGGUGGAGUUCCGUCGCGCCCAGGGCCCGUUCAUGACGCCCGAGCAGGAGCGCUGUCUAGAGGGCCAGCUGUCGCGCUACGAGCGGCAGAUCCGCCAGGUGCCAAGCAGCCAGUCGGCGGCGGCCGCCGCCCGCGUCCGCACCAAGGCCGAGAUGAAGUCACCCUCGGCGUCAGCGCCGCCGCCGCCGCCGCCGCCGGUCCGCCAGUCGACGUCGACAGAGUCCAACAAGUCGGUGUUCGACUUCGACAGCGGCUCGGACGGCGAGGUGCCCGUGCUGUCGCACAAGGUGUCAGCGCGCGCCAAGGUGGAGCCGCCGCCCGAGCGGCCGCUCGUCGACGUGUUCGGGGACGGCCUGGACAGCGACUUCUGGGGCAGUGUGUGCAACUCGCUGGCCGAAAACAUCGAGUCCAACCAGAAGCUGGUCAAGAGCAAGCGGGUGACGCGCACCAAGAUCGUCAGCAAGCUCCAGGAGGUGACCAGCGGGAAGGCGGAGCCGGCAGAGGAGCCGGAGCCCGAGACGCUGGAGCCGCCGCCGCCGCCGCCGCCGCCCAAGGCGCCCUCCCCGCAGCCAGUGGUCAAAACUGAACCGGACGCCGAGGAAAAUCAGACCACGGCGAACUCGGCGCCAGAGAGUACGAGCAACGGAGUCACUCCGCCCGUGUCGAAGGCUAAAGUCGAGCCCAAACCGGAGAAGAGCGGCAGUGAGUUCGAGCUCUCUCAGUCGGGCGACGAGUCCAAGAGCUCCUCCGACUCCUCCGAGUCGCAGGACUCGAGCGAGAGCAGUGACGAGUCGGAGGUACCGCGCCGCCGUGGCCGGCGCGCCGUCCAGUCGUCGGACAGUGACAGCGGCGCGGCCGACGCUCGGCGGCCGGCCCGGCGCCGCGGUCGGCGUGCCGUGUCCAGCGACAGCAGCGACAGCGAGCCGCGGCCGGCGCGCCGUCCGCUGCGCCACCGCCGUCCCCUGCAGCAGUCGGACAGCAGCCAGAGCAGCGACAGCGACGCGCCGUCGGAGCGCCGGCUGAGGACCCGCCGCGCCGGCCGGCCCGAGCGGCGCGUGACGCGCAGCGCCGGCUCGCGCCGCAGGGACGGCCGCACGCGCUCGCGGCGCGCCGCCAAACGGCUGGUGUUUGAGGACGGACUGCCGGCGCCCACCAGGCGGAAACGAAAGGAGGACGUCGAGUCGGACUCGAACGGCUCGGCGAGCGGCACGGACGCGCCGCGCACCAGGAACUCGAGCAGGGCCAAGCGCAACGACGAAAAGGACUCGGACGACGGCCGCGGAGGUCGCCGGAAACUGCGCCGGCGGAAGGCGGUCGGCGCGCGGACGGACUCGGCGGACAGUGCGGACGGUGGGGCGGGGGACGCCGCCCGUGACUCAACCAGGACGCUUCGGCUCAGGGAUGGCUCUAACGCCAGUGAGAAGGGCUCACGGGACGGCUCGGUGGCGCGGGGCGCGCGCGCGGGCCGAACUGGGAAGGCGGGGGCGAGUGCAACGAAAGCGGUCAAGCCGGCGCGGAGCUCGGAGGACGAGGCCGGUGACGGGUCCAGGGCCAAGUGCAGUGUGUCCGAGUCGGAGGCGGUCGCCGACAGUGUACAAAAGCCGCCGCCGGCGGCGCCGUCAGCCGGCGGGGACGGGGACGCGAGGCGGGACGGCGGCGCCGCCGGCUCCAGCGGCAGUGGCUCACGGAGGAGGGACUCGACCGAGUCGCGGACAAUACCGUCCAUCCUGGACGUGCUCCUGCCGCCGCACGAGGAGCGUGACGAGCUCGACAUCAUCCACCACUAUCCGCAGGACUACCGAGAGGUGCUCGAGCGGGUGGCCGAGGUGCUGACUCGCCAGCGGCCGCGCGCGCGCUUCGCUCGGGAGCGUUUCUCGGCCUCUGCCGUGGCGGACGCCUGGGCUGAGGGCUGGCAGGAACGCUUCUUCGCAUGGAAGACGGGUAUUUGUCGAGUGCCGCCGCGGCUCGUGCCCAAGCUGCAGCGGAAGUCGGUGCCCGCCGAGGCGCCCGGCACGCCGACGCGCAAGGGCACGCCGCGCAAGGAGGCCCGAUCGACGCCGACGCCGGCGCGCACUCCGAAUCGAGCCGAGGCGGCGCCGACCGCCGACAGGAAGAAUUCGGCGCGCUUCAGUCAGGAGGAGGGCGGACGCCGCGAGCGGCACAGGUCCGCCUCUCAGAAGAGCGUCGACCUCAUCUGCGCCAAGGUGAUGGCCUCCAGCGGUGAGGACGCGCCCGCCCCGCCCAGUCAGCGCUUUGUGCUGCGCGCGCAGCGCAAAACGCGCGUCGACAUCAUCGAGGCCCGUCUGCUGGCGGCGGUGAACAAGCAGCUGCCGGGCGGCGGCGGUGACCGCUCACCGGCCACCACCAACGGGCCCUCAGCGGCGCCCGAGCCCAUCGUCAACUCGCUGGUGAAGAAGUACAAGAGCAUCACGGAUCGUCAGGUGGAGCGGCGGAUGGGCGCGCUGUACAGCCGGCGCAGCGAGGUGCUGCACUACGCGGCGCCCUCGUUGCUGGACACGCCGCGGCCAGGCCAGCAGCCGGUGCCGGCGGCGCUGCUCUUCCCUCGCGCCACCGUCGAGCGGUUCGCGCGCGAGCUGGCCGACUCGCCGCUGGCGGACGGCGCCGCGCCGGCCGUGGUGCUCGACUCGCGCACGCGCGGCGCGCGCGCCCAGAUCACCGAGAAGGAGCUGCUGCACCAGGUGUUCGGCGUGUCGCUGGACGAGAUCAGUCAGCUGCGCAACCACCGCCGGCCGGCCAAGGCGCCGGCGGCGGCGGCGGCGGCGCGCCGCUCGGCGGCCGCGGCCGCGCGCCUGCCGGAGAGCCCGGCGCCGGCCGAGCAGUCGCUCGAGACGCCGCCGGCCAGCGUGGUGCCGGCGCGCGGCCGCCGCGUCAAGAAGCGGCGCACCAAGAACCGCUCCGGCUUCGACUUCAUGCUGAAGAAGAAGCGGAAGAAGGAGACGGACACGGACUCUGUGGUGCCGCGCAACAAGAAGCUCCGUCCGGUGUGCGGUCCUCGGAUGGGCGCCGACCCGACCCGCUCGCCCGAGCUGGCCGCCGAGAUUCGCUCCUGGGUGCUCAACAAGAGCGCCGGCGAGACGGCCCUGCUGCGCGCCGCCAAACUGGGCUACCUGGACGCCGUCAUCUACCUGCUGGAAACGGGCGAGGACGCCACCGACUGCCGCGACAACGCCUCCUUCACUCCGCUGCACGAGGCGUGCGCGCGCGGUCACCUGGACGUGGCCAAGACGCUGCUGCUCUACGGAGCGGACGUCAAUGUCAGCGCCAGGGGCGGCGUCAGGCCGCUGCACGAGGCUGUGGAGAACAACCACCCGGAGCUGGUGCGGCUGCUGCUGGCGUACGGAUCCGACCCGCGGCUACCCACCUACGCCGGCAUCAGCCCGCUGGAGCAGUGCGCCAACAUGCCGGUGAUGAAGCGCCUGCUGCACGGACACGUGGAGGACCUGGAGGGGUCGACCGGCUCCGGCUGGCACUUUGUCGCCUGCCAGGCGCUCGAGCCGUGGCCGAGCGGUAUGCUGCUCUCUGACGGCGCUCCCGCCUUCACCCCGCGCGCGGACGACGCCAACUUGACGUUUGACAUGGCCGAGGCGGCGCUGCCUGCCAUCUACCGGCGGCUGAACGACUCUCAGCCGGCGCCGGCCGUCCGCUACGUGACGCUGUCAGCGCUGGCCGCCCACCUGGCCUGCUCGGAGGAGGCCGUGCUGCGCGAGCGGCCCGAGCUGCAGCUGCUCGAGGUCGGCUCGCCGGAGGACGCCGCCGAGCUGGUCUGCCAGACGGUGGCCGGCUGGGCGCUGCGGCCGGCCGACGGACCGGCGCGCCUGGUCCGACUCGACCGAGACGUGGAGAUGCUGCUCCGCCGGGAGCGGUUCAACAUGACCUGCUAGCGCCGCGCCGGCCGGCCUCCCGGUGAUACUGUGUGUGACGGGGGCGGGGUGCGCGCGCCCGGCCCCGCCCCAAUUCAGCUGUACCCGCUGUGACGCGCCGCGGCCGCCGGCCACAGGCAGGCUUUACCCAUAUAUAUGAUUAUUUGUUUUACUCGUCGGCCGCUGAUCAUGUUUUCCGUUGAGUUUGCGUAAUUUAUUCAAUCGGCUCGAUGGUGGGCGCGGGCGUCGUCCGUUCUCCCGCGGUGUGUGAUGACUCCAUUCGGGCCGUGUCUGUGUGUAUGUGUCUGAAUUGGUGACGCGCCGCGCUGGCGGCCGGUGACGGCGAGGGGCGCGGCGGCCGGCCAGCCGCUCCGAGCCGGGCGCGCCGCCAGAGACGCCCGCCCGGCGGUCUUUCACUGCGGCUGGUCGGCCGGCCCGCGCGGCUGUGCAGCCCUCCGCCGGUUCAGGUCUGUGUGCGUGCCUGUCUGUUAUCCACAACAUAUAUUCUACAGAGUACAAAGUGGGCGGCGUCGGUGGCCAGUGGACGCGGGCCGGACAAUCCCUGGCGGCGCGAGGGGACGCGGGCUGUUUUGUAGAUACCGCACGGACUGCCUGUAUAAAUACACGCACGCACGCA